AUGCAUUUCUCCGUGCCUGCAGCGCCCUUCUACAUCGGGGAUGUGCUGCCGCCUCUUGUGCUACGGCGAACACAAGCCUAUGUUGACCUGUUCACCCAAAUACCAGCGCGAGCUAAAAAGGGUGAGCGUACACAUCCAUUGCGCACCGUCCUCGACGCUAUAGAGGCUGCUGAGGCGCAACGAAUUAAAGUAGCUGCAAAUGUAGCUGCCAGUAGCAAGGAUAGCGAUGACAACGGGAAUAGCAGCAACAGUAACAACACCAACCAAGGGCAUACAAGCACCUUGCAGGAUCUUCAAGAAGCCUUUGGUAUGACCGAUGGUUCCGGACUCUACAGGGACUGGGUGCAGCGACCACGCGAUUACAUCCAAUCCAUGGUAAACGUCCUUGGUAGAACGGUCGAAACGCGUUUUCUUCGCAAUGAGGCGAACCCUGCACGAUCCAAGGAUCCCAACGAAGACUACGACGUUCACGUGCAGAUCUGGCCCUCCUCCCGUAGUCUACCAGGGGCAAAUGGGAAAAAAGUGGGGAUCUGUGCGGCGGUGAUCGUUCGCCGCCAUCGCGAGUUGGUUCGCACCGAACAGCACUGGCAACGGUUUGAAAACCGCAUGAUGGCGGUUGCUGCGUCGGAUCAGACGUUAGAAAGCUCCAUCGCGUUCUGGCAAGGGGUGAGUGUGGGGGAUCAGCCGCGUGGGGAGCUCGCCGCGUACGCGCCGCUCGGCCUAAAGCCGCUUACGGAGGCCCUUUCCGAGGCGCUGGGCUCGGAUGGGUCGCUCCCGCCACAAAAGGUACCACGACGCGGGGUCGACGACGUGGCCUCGGCUUCUGGAUCGAAUGAAAAGACCGGAAAGGAGCCCAUCGACGCCGAGGAAAAAGGCGGUCAAGGAGCCCCUAUCGUGCUGGGAAGCUGGUCUAGCGUCCGCCAGCAGUACCUCCGUCGGAUGCCGGUGGAGCUUCGCGCGAGCGUGCACGCCUCUGCGAUCGCUCGUAAGGCGUUUGAGGAGGUGCACGGGGAAGGUGAUGGGGUUUGGUGCCAACCCGAUGGGCUUCUCGACGCCUCCCCGGGGGUAGGGCGAUCCGCGCGUUCGCGGCUGUCUCGGGUGCGUCAAAGCCCUCAAGCUUUGGUGGCUGUUCUUUACGUAUCCCUGGAAGGAAUGGUAUACCCCGCGAUGGUGGGGGAUAUCGGGAGUUUGGGAGGGGCUCCUUUGGUGGCUUCGGAUGAUCUCGCUCGUAGGGCCGCGCUCCGUGAGGAUGACGGGGGUCAUGGGGUGGCUACCUUUGCGGAGCCGCCCUCGACGCCAUCCGACGCUACCACGCGGCUGGUUAAAUCGUAUGAUGGGUGGGCUUUACCUUUCAACGAGGACGACUCGUUUACACGCGCGGCGCUGGGGUUGUGA